GAAUUGACACAUAAAUUUGUAUACCAGCGAAGUUUAUUGUUACACGGGGAAAGAACCUCUCACUCCUCUUGAAGUUUUAAACCAUGUCAUCAUCAACAGCAUCGCCUCAUGCGGCGACAACGAAGCCCCCCAAGACUACCUCUCUAUUAUCACUCUUGCAAAUGUCUGAUAUAGAGUUGAACAAUCAAAUAAAGGAGAAUAGUAAAUGGAAGAAGCGGUCAGAAGAGACUACUCUCAAUGUCCAUUUCCCGGAGCUAGACAAUACGUCUUUGAAAACCACCAAUCUUGUACUCAUUGGAUCCAGCAUGCUCGAACGGUUCAAAACGACGGGCCACGAUCUCGAAUUGGGUCCCAAGCCAGGAAUUUUCAAUGCCGGGGUAGGAGGUGAUACAAUCCCCAACAUACUUUACCGCAUAGAUCUAGGCCUCCUCCGGAAAGCCAAGACCCAAGAGAAAGUGGGAAUGGUUAUUGUCAAUAUUGGUUCUAAUGAUUUGAAAAAACCCGGUCGAAGCUUGACUGAAGCCCAACUUUACCAAUUCACUCUUCAUUUGGAGGCAUUGAGAAGAACAUUCCCCGGAGCACGAAUCGUGGUUACGGCAUUAUUCUACAAAAAGGACGUCCACCUAUCAGAUAUUGAUAGAAGUAACGAGGAUUUACAAAAGAUAGUCUCUGGAUUGCCUCGCGUGGAGUGGCUAGCAGCACCGGAUAUCGAUCUCGACAAUCAUUAUGAGGAUCACGUUCACUUGAACAGAGCUGGUUAUGAAGUAUGGAAUGAAUGGCUGGUGGAAAAACUUGAGAUUUAGCAACGGUGAUGGUUAGAUGGUAUUCGAGAAGAAGCUUUUCAACACGAGGUCUUGGACAAAUGACCACUUUACGACGUCUGCCGCUAAUAUAUCGGUGAUCA